UAUACACUUCAUUUAAUCUUUGGUUUGGUUGAUCUCGUAGAGUUCUGUCUGUGUGAUUGACAACAAUGACAACACAAUAACAACAAAACGUGAAGGAUUCUAAUUAUUCAAAUAAUGAAAUUGUUUUUGAAAUAAACACUAUAUUAUCAAAUCAUUACUUCAACCUAGAAUAAACAUUAAUGAAUUUCUAAGAUUACCUAUAUUAGAUUUGGUUGCCUGCCUUGUACCUCUCUUUGAAGGCUUUAGCUGCUUAAAGUUCUACGAUAAACUCCUAAAAUAAUGACAAUCCAACGUUACAUCCUGGAAAAUGUUUUUACUGGUAAAACAGAAAUUUGUUCCUUGUGCUUUAUCGCCACAGAAGACAUUGAAGAAACUCUGUUUAAUAUUACAGAUGAAAUAUUCAUGGACACUGGAGGUACUGUUGUGUUGUGUGAAAUAAUAUCGUGUGUUUUAGGUCAUCAGGUAUCGGACAGCAUCACCACUUGUAGCACAAUUUGUAAAAAUUGUUUGAAAACUUUAAUAAGCUGUUACAAAUUCAUUCAGCUAUGUAAAAAUAAUAUUAAAAAGUUGAACUGUAAGCUAAACUCCUUUCAGAAACACAUUGAAAGUGUAAUGGAAGUAAACUGUGACUACAAGUCAAUAUUCAUUGCACUAAAUGAUGGUAAUUCUAGUUCAGAACUGUAUUAUGACAAACACAGACAUAGCAAUGACCAGAUGAUGUUACGCAAGAGAUUUGAAAGGAUCAAAAAAGAUUCUCUGAACUUCUUUAUUGAGUUUGAAGAAGAACCAUCCUAUGAUAAGUUGAAGGUAAAAACAAAAAAACACAACACUGCUUUACAAUCUAUAAAUCUCACCGACAUAGCAGUUGAUGCAAAUGAUCUCAAUAAUAUUAAAUGCAAGGCAUGUCUGAAACUGCAUCCAUCAGCUUUAAAAUUAAAAAUGCAUUAUCUAAGUGUUCAUGGACCCAAAGAUUAUAAAUGUUCCGAGUGUCCAAAAGAGUUCACGCUACUGUCUAGGUUGAAUCAACAUAAACAAUCAUGCCACCAUAAUGUUAUGUGCAGCCAAUGUGGAAAAACAUUUAACAACUAUUUCACACUCCGAUACCAUGAACAAAGUCACAAGCUGAAACUAAUAUGUGAAACAUGUGGGAAGACAUAUAAAAGCAAACUAGGAUUUAAUAAUCAUAUUAAACACAAAUUGUGUAAUGUGAAGAGAAAAUUGAAUUCAGAAUCAAAGUUCAUUUGCGACUAUUGUAAGAAAAGGUAUGCAAGUAAAUGUACAUUAAGGAAGCAUAUAAGUGUUGAACAUGAAAAUGGUAAAAGCUUUUCAUGUAGUUGGUGCGGUAAGAAAUUUGGCUGUGAAAGUAGUUUAUCCAGUCAUAUCAUAAAACAUACGAAGAAGAAGGAUUUUGUGUGUGAUAUAUGUAAAAAGAAGUUUGUAAGUAAGGUGUCAUUAUUGUAUCACAGAAGAAGACAUAUAGGGGAGAAACCAUACAAAUGUGAACAUUGUGACAAAACAUUUGUUGCACCAUAUCUACGUACUCAACAUGAACAUUCGUGUCACUCAGAACCUGGCUUAGAAUGUGAUAUUUGCCAUAGCAGAUUCAAGAGUAAACUAGGUUUGCAUAAACACACAUUACGACAUUCUUGUGUUAGAAGCAAGGUGUAUAAGAAUUGUAGCCUUCCUCUAUUACACAGUACUUGAACUUGGAGUGUAGAAGCAAGAUACUGAAUGUAGGCUCUUGAUACUUGAACUUGGAGUGUAGAAGCAAGAUACUGAAUGUAGGCUCUUGACUCACUUUUCAAUGGAGAUUAUUAUCAAUAAAUAUUCUUU